AGACACGCAAGAUGGUACUCAGGUUGACCGACGCGCAAAAUGCGACGAUUCUGGCGAUCGCCGAAACGAUCGUGGGUCCACUGCCUGACGAUGUUGCCAAGGACAUCGUGUCGGAGCAUAUGGACACUGUCCGGAACUUGUCUGAAGGCACGGACGAGGCUGCAGGGACCCCGACCGAGGACGAGCUGCUGGCUACAACGCAAGUCCAUCCGCGGGAGCUUGGUUUACUUGCAAGCGUCGAAGUGAUGCUCCACAAGCUGCCCAAGGACAGAUGGAGCGAGUUCGAGAAGGUUUUGUACCUGCUAUCGACGGGGUGGGGCACCAAGGUUGUGACAGCGUCGGCUCGUAUGGUGCCGUUUCACGAGUUGACUGUCGGUGAGCGUGAAGACGCGCUGCGGAACCUCACGUUGUCGUCAUUUGCCAAAGUGCGGUCGUUGUUCCAGGUGUUUAAAGCCCUCGUGUCGUUUUGCAUGUUCGCCAAGACCCGAUCGGUGCAUGGCAAGUUGAACCCGCUGUGGGAGAACCUGCAUUACCCUGGUCGACCAGAGGAGAAGAAGCGACCGCCACGGAGUCAGUUCUGGGAACCCACGUUUGAAGACAUGACGGCGAUGGCCAAGGUAGCGGGGAAAGGCAACCCGAUUACGCUCGAAACUGACGUCGUUGUGAUUGGUUCUGGCGCGGGGGGCGGUGUCGUCGCCGCGGAAUUGGCCCAGGCAGGACAUCGAGUCCUCGUGCUCGAAAAAGCCGUGUACUUCCACCCCGCAGAUGCAUCAUUCAACGAACUCCAGGGGUUCUGGGACCACUACGAGAGCGCCGCGCUGCUCACGUCCGAAGACCUGUCCAUGAUGCUCCUAGCUGGGUCUGCAUGGGGCGGCGGUACCUUUAUAAACUGGUGCUUAUUUCCCUCAAACAAGUUGUUUGCAAUAUACACCCGACUAUAUCGUACGUAUAGGAGUGCGUCGUUGCCCCCCCCUCAUGAGCUUUGCCAUGAAUGGGCUACCACGUACAACUUGCCGUACUUUAAAUCUCAAGCAUUCCAAGACGCCAUCAGCACCGUGUGUACCCGGGCAGGCGUGUCCGCCGAGGCAGUGCUGCACAACGUCCCUAACCAAGUACUGUUGGACGGCGCGAUCAAAUUAGGGUACCCCGUCGAAGCGGUGCCGCAAAACACCAACGGCCACGUCCACGAGUGUGGAUUCUGCACGUUGGGGUGUCCGUACGGAGAAAAGCAGGGCUCGCACGUUACAUGGCUAAGAGAUGCCGCCGACGCCGGCGCCAAGUUCGUCGACGGCUGUUAUGUAGACAAAGUGACGUAUGUGAAAGACGCAGCUUCGGGCGUAGAAGCCACCGUCCUGAACGGGUCCGUGCGCCUCGUGGUCAAAGCCAAGACGGUCGUCUGCUGCGCCGGCAGCCUCCACACCCCCGCGCUGCUGCUCCGAUCCGGCCUGAGGAACCCCAACAUCGGCCGCCACCUGCGCCUGCACCCAGUGGCGACCGUACACGGGUUUUUUCCACACAAACAAGUGCAAAGUUGGUCAGGGUCGAUCUUGACAACAGUGUGCAAUGUCGUACGCAAUAUCCACGGUCACGGAUAUGGGGCGCGACUGGAAAUUCCGGCAUCGUUGAUGGGGCUCACGGCGUCGUUGCUGCCGUGGCGGAGCAACGCAGACAUGCACCGGCUCAUGCUGCAGUAUCCGCAAUUGGUCAACAUGAUUGUGUUGGCUCGCGAUUUGGAUUCGGUCAGCAGCGUAGUCAUUGACGCCGACGGCCGACCGCGCAUUCACUUUCAAUUGGGCAGCAAGGACGGCCAGUCGUUGGUGGAAGGCCUCGUCGCGGGCAUCAAGGUGUUGCUGGCACAAGGCGCCGUGGAAGUCAACACGACCCAGUUCCACCUGCCGCCGCUGCGUCUCCAGUCGAAGGAAGACCUGGCUAAUCCAGUCGAAUGCGCCACCACGCAGCGGUGGAUCGCACAAGUCCGGGCGCUGGGAGCUGUGCAAAACAGCAUCGGAAUCAUGAACGCGCACCAAAUGGGCAGCUGUCGCAUGGGAUCGACGCCGGAAAUGGGGGCUGUGAAUCCCGACGGCGAAACUUGGGACGUGAGGGGGCUAUAUGUGGCGGAUGCGUCUUUGUUUCCCACGGCUUCGGGUGUCAAGUGAGUUUGCUUUGAACCACCUUUCUUUCUUUGUUUACGUGGAAAACUCUAUGCUUUACUAACAGCAAGGACAUUUGACGGAUGAUGGUACUACGUAGUCCCAUGGUCACGACGUUUGCAAUGGCGUACUCUGUGGCCCAGUUCAUCAAGGCCAACUUGUCGGACCGAUCGAAUUGUGGCCGCAAAAUCUUUAGUACGUCGUCGUCGACGUCGUGGUGGGCAGUUUGGUGGGCCAUCGUGUGGGCCAAGGACGGACACCUUCGCAGGGCCCUCAAGGUGCUGGUGGUCGCCUUCGCUUUGUGGCGGCAUCACACACAUGUAUGGAGUUUUCUCAAGAAAAGACUCGGGCAACAUGCCAUCAAGCGCUAGUGAGUCUGUUCAACAUGUGUCGCGGGUUGGUUCGUGAUGAUUGCAUCGCUCAAUACAAUGCAUAUGUAUUGCCCCAGUCCCCUGCGCCUGCAUACUCCGGAGUAAUAAUUACUGUACACUGUGUACUCCCA